CGGUCUUUGGAGUAGCAUGCAACGGCAGCGGUAUCGCCCAUGUCGACGUCGUCAUGGGCGAGCGUGACGAGGCCCGGCGGCAGUCGCAGAAAAGUAAAAAUCGAGGGAGAGAAGCGACAGACGUUGGAAUUUCGAGGUCCAGCGUAUGGGGGACGAGUUACUAUCUAACCCAUCUUCCGAUUCAAUCUUUCGAAAGAUGGGUUACUUUCCCCAGCCAGCCCUUCGGUGAAAAGCCAAACGCUAAAGGUAAAAGACUUGGAGAAAGAGGCGGGGGAAUCUGCGAGGGAGGAAGAUAGUAUGUAAAAGAUGACAACCAAUUUUGUUGCCAGAGAAAUGGCCGCACCCUCCGCAGCAGUGCGCUCCGAUAGCCUCCACACAGCAACCAGCUAUCGAGACCGGUGGCAAGGGGAUUAAUCAGGAAGAAGGUAGAGUGUGCGACAGCGUCAUUGUGUGCUGGAGCUCCAGUCUGGGUUUAUCAAAGACAUCGAGUCUUGAAUCUCGGGAGCUUUGAAGUACAAAGCUGUUGGCAGAGACCAGACCAGGCCAUCAUCAGUGCUGGUGGGUUGCACACGAGCAAGACCAACAGGCGCGGGAACAGAUCAGAGGUAACGGAAGCUGUGGUGAUCGAUUAGUCAGCGUGUGAGUUUUGUGUCUGGGAGAUUGAGUUGUCUGUGAUGCCAUCGAGAGAGUGAGAGGUCAGGAGGGCACACAAGUAUGCACGGAAGAGGUAGUGAUGGCACCCACUCACUAGAGGGCUUGAUGGAAAAAGAAUGAGCCAUGAGUACUGCGCAAUGGGCCGAAUGGCUUUCCCGUGUAAGAAACCGCAAUGAGUGGCCUGUCCUCGCCUUAUUCAUAUCGGUGCGCUCAGACAAUUCAUUGCACUUGAGAAGCCGUUUCUUGCUCACAACCAACACCUUCAGUAAUUGCAGCUGGAGCUAGUACUGCUGGAGGAGCACCAUUUAGUCGUCUCAUUCCACCACUUUCUUCCUCACAUCUCUCCUGCCAGCCACAACUUCAGACGCCAAUUCAUUUCACUCCUUAAUCAUUCCUCUAGCCAUCGUUACCGACGGUGACUAGAGAUCGUGCUAUCACGAACCUGACUAUUGUGUUAAGUGAAGAUCACAUCUCUAGGACGUCGGCAGGGGUGUAACGAAAACAAUUGUUCUACGUUUUAGUGCAGUUGGUGGUGUUCCAGCAUUUCAAUGGACAAGCUCAGGGCAGUGGAAUAUCCUAUUAGCCUCGCCAUGGAUCCCAGCAUAGGAGGUCAGGCGCUUCACGAGGUCAGCACGCAGCACUCCCUACAACAAUUGUCGUACGAUCCCAGUUUCGCGGAGCGAGCGGCCAAGUAUUCCACAUUCGGCAGCUCGAACUAUGCGCAGCGGCCCCAAACAUAUUCAGCCUUCGACACGGGGAAACUACGAGAAAUGCUUAAAAAUGAGAUCAAAAUCCCUCGAAGCUCCAGCUUCAACCGGCUGGGUAACAUGGGCACCAACUCGGACAUGAGCCAGUUUGGGGAGGAGGAGAUGAAUCUCAAGCGUGACGAGGCUCACCCGAACUUAGAGGCUGGGCUGGAAGCCAUUGAGGGAGCAAAUCGCGCUAGAGCGUCAGCAUUGAACGAGUCUAGCGACGGACUCUCGCAGGAGAAUUCUUCCGGCUCCCAGCAAACUGGACUGCAGUCCAACCGGAGCGCAGCGCCGCCACGAAAGCGUAAAGGCUCUUCAAUAGCGGAGGAAAAAGGAAAGACGUCGACGUCAUCCGUUGUCUCCGACGGGAAAAACAGCAAGUCCCUGGAAGCUAACGAACAAACCUCCCUGAAGCGGCAGCGAUCGGGCCUUGUCAAGGCGGAGCGCAGUGCUAGUGAGAAUUCAGGCGACUCUGCCAGUCCCAGGUCCUUGAAGGCCACCUCGAAACCUCCUCAAGACCUUUCUAAGCAAGAUUACAUUCACGUCCGAGCACGACGAGGCCAAGCCACGGACAGCCACAGCCUUGCUGAAAGGGUCCGAAGAGAAAAGAUAAGCGAGCGCAUGAAGUUUUUGCAAGAUCUCGUGCCUGGCUGUAGCAAGAUCACGGGGAAGGCCGUCAUGUUGGACGAGAUCAUCAACUACGUGCAGUCGCUCCAGCGUCAGAUUGAGUUUCUGUCCAUGAAGCUGGCGGCCGUCAAUCCCCGGCUCGACUACAGCUACGACCUCCUGGGUAAAGACAUGCUACAGUCACGAUCUCCGGAGACGACGUUGCUGGGUCCUGACCCACUUUGCGGAUACGGGGAAAUGCAUCAUGGCCAAGUCCACCACUCCAUGCACAUGUCCUCAGGGUGCAGUUUGGAUAUGAGGGGGGCAGAGAGUGUCUGCGAUGCGUAUCUGCGUCAUUCCAUGAGCAUGCCGACGCUGGGAUCUUUGGUUUCUGCGGAUGAUUUCGGCGACCCUCUGUCUCAGGUUUGUGGAAACGGAGAUCUGCAAAGUGUGGUUGAGAUGGGGUUCAUUCAAGGCAGGCAAGGCUUGGGGUUUGGAUCGCAGGUCAGUCACGGAUCAAGUUUAUGUUUGUCAGGCAAGUUGAAGGUCGAGUUGUGAUGAUUUGGUGGAAGUUGGGGGAGUGGCAAUCAGCUGCUGCGUUGUAACGUUGAUCGAAAUGACAAACACGGUGUCGGAUGACAACACCUAUUGCAUGGGUUGUCAUCCGCAUCCUCCUCAGGGAUCAAAGAAUUCCAUUGUACAGUACACAAAAGGCCAACAAGAAAUGUUAUACGUUGACAAAAUCCUUAGACAAUCUCAUAAUGAAGGAGUUUCUCGGCGAAGGCGACCCUGGAAAGAACGAGAAAGAAAUGGGAGAAGUCGUGGCACAGGUGAUCAUUCACAAUUGUGGCAACUCCCGUCAACUGUGGUUGAAGACAGCAGUCGAAUUCUGUACAGCAGAAGAAAAAAAAAUCUGACAUCAAUUGCAGUAUUCCUCGCCGCCGGCAAGUUACGUGUAGCUGGUUGCGGAGGAGAGGGGUGCAAUCGCAAGUAACAAGUGUGGGCACCGUAAUGAAGUUUUAAAAUAUUUUUUGGACUGUGACUAUGCACAGAAAGGUUAACGUAGAUGCACGACGAGGUGGAGUGCCCGCAUACUCUGUCCAGACAAUUGCUGUGACAGCGUGCCUCUUCUCAGAAGCAUGCAGUUCCAUGUAGGAAAUAUUGAUCGACUAAUCAUUUAUUAAAACAACAUCAUUAAACUCUCAAAUUGCCCUUGA